GACAUGUGUCUCAACUGGCUGCUCAAUGUCUACGACACGGGUCGCAGUGGGAAAAUUCGAGUUCUGUCCAUGAAGAUUGGUCUUCUCUCUCUUUGUAAGGGUCACCUGGAGGAGAAAUACAAAUGUCUGUUUAAUCAGGUGUCAUCGGCGGGUGAUACGUGUGAUCAGAGGCAGUUGGGUCUUCUGCUGCAUGAUGCCAUUCAGAUCCCUCGACAGCUGGGCGAAGUGGCGGCCUUCGGCGGGAGCAACAUCGAGCCCAGCGUCCGUAGCUGCUUCCAGCAUGUGACCAAUAAGGUGGAGCUGGAGCCAAGGCAGUUUAUUGAUUGGAUGAGGCUGGAGCCACAGUCGAUGGUUUGGAUUCCUGUCCUGCACAGAGUGGCGGCAGCAGAAACGGCCAAACACCAGGCCAAGUGCAAUAUCUGUAAAGAGUUCCCCAUCGUGGGCUUCAGAUAUCGCAGUUUGAAGCACUUCAACUAUGACGUUUGCCAGAGUUGCUUCUUCUCUGGUCGCACAGCGAAGGGUCAUAAACUCAACUACCCCGUGGUGGAGUACUGCACACCGACCACCUCAGGAGAAGACAUGCGAGAUUUUACCAAAGUCUUAAAAAACAAGUUCCGCUCAAAGAAGUAUUUCGCGAAGCACCCUCGCCUGGGAUACCUGCCCGUCCAGACGGUCCUAGAGGGAGACAACAUGGAAACUCCGGUCACUCUCAUCAGCAUGUGUCCGGAGCAGUAUGAGCUUUCUCCAUCGCCACAACUCUCUCAUGACGACACACACUCACGGAUAGGGCAGUACGCCAGCAGGUUGGCACAGAUGGAGCGCUCCAAUGGCUCUUUGCCCACCGACAGCAGCUCGGCCACUGGAAGCAUGUGAUGAGGAACACA